GCACCGUCGCGCCGUCCGGGUGAUUCCGACGCGCGAUCGCGGCGUCGCGCGGGGCGGCGGGAUGUCGGGGCCGAACGGGGAGCCGCACGUGCCGGUGGGCGGCGCCGGCAGCAACGAUGACGACGACGACGGGGACAGCUUCGGGGAGGAAGAAUAUGCAGCAAUAAACUCCAUGCUGGACCAGAUCAACUCCUGCUUGGAUCACCUGGAGGAGAAGAAUGAUUAUCUACACGCCUGCUUGAAAGAACUGCUGGAGUCCAACCGCCAGACCCGCCUGGAGUUCCAGCAGCAGAGCGAGCAGCAGAACACAGAAGCCGACGUGCAGGGAUCACAGCCUCCUGCCUAGCAUGCUGGCCACAAACUGUCUGUUGGUAUUGCUAGGGGGACAUUUGCUGGUCACCGAUUUAACGUAAAACUUGAAUAGAAGAGGUACCUCGUGCCUGUUACUUGUUCCUUCCCAUGGUUGUGUCCUGCCAUUCACCUCCACGUUCUGUUUUUCUUUAGCUGUGCAAUAGGUGCAGAAGCACACAAGUGGAUGUAGGAGAGCUGGUUCUUUUCGCUCCCCAACAUGACCCUAGCACUGACACUUGUUAAAGCUGGUUGUGGGAAGCAUCAUGCCAUGCAGGUUGUUUGCAAGCAGGCCCUCUUCACAAAGAGGAAAAAUGACUUCCGCUCUUUUAGACUGUUAAAUCCAAGCAAGGAGUGUUGUGGCUCUAGCCCCUUCCCUCAAAAAGAGCAGUGGGCAGGGGCUGUCCUGACUCUACGCUUGCCCCUAAGUGUCACUCUGGUGACAAAGGCCAGCUCCUGCCUUGAAACUGCAGCUUCCCCAUUAGUCACAUGAACUGUGAUGCAAGAAAUAUUGGCAGAUGGUCCCAGAUCACUGAACGCUUCUAUCCCCUUCCAAGCAGAUAAGACAAGCUACCAGGGUGAUGUUUGUUAUAAUUGGAAGCUGCCUAACUCCUUAAGCUGCCAUUAAGGACUCAGGCUUUAGAGAGAAGCAGAGCAGCCUGGUUAGCCCCCACCACAGCAUUAGCUACACAGAGCAAAGAGACAGGGGCCUGCCUGCCGUGGGAGGGCCAGCACUAUGAAGCAAGUCUUUCUGUUCUACUUCUGUAGAGUUACAGGAGUUUUUUGGAAAGUUAAAGAAGUUACUUAUAAGAAACCUGUUUUAUUAAAAUCCAGUUUGAAACAAAAUUUGUUCCUGAGAGUCUGCACUCUGAGAACAGACUAUAUUAAGCCUUGUAGUAUUAGCAAAGGACCAAGAUGCACGUUCUUGCCUAGCUUAGGACACAGUGCUUGCCCAAGAGUGUGCAUCUUUGAAAGGAAACUGUUCUGAGGAGCAGAAUUGGGCACACAACUUUUCCUCUGCCUGGAAAGGAAACAAGAGAGGAACUACAAAGAAUUCUUAGUGAAAAAUAAGUCUGCAUCCAUCUACUUCAUGACUUUGUCCCCUGUGGAAAUCACAUUACCGUCUUCUUUCAGGUUCAACAAUCCAAUCCUCGGUCUUUCCAUAUAAUUGCUGUAUCCCAGCUGUACAAGUAAUAACCAACACCAUCCUGUAUUAGACACGCUAAAGCCAGGCUUAUUUUAUUCUUAAAAUAAAAACAGCAGUAAAGUU